CAUUUUUUGUACAUAUACAUACUUUAUCAAAUAAUAAAUAAUAAGUUUUUUUAAUUAUCAGACUGAUUUGAUCAUUGACCAUUUGAUGUACAUCUCGUGAAACAAUUUAUUUAUAUAGACGUCCUGAAAUCUGGGGAUAUACAGAAGAAGCAGGCCGGCAUUUACACAAAAGCAAAUAUGAUGAAAGCACCCACAUCAUCAAUUAGCAGAACUGGACAAGAUUUAAUUGGCUCCACGGUUCGUCUCGACAGGUCCAAUUGUUCUAGAGCUUCAUCCUCCUCACUUCCAAACCAGGGCGAAAAUCUAUCCAAACGUGAUGCAAACUGUGAAAAUGUAUCUUCCAACAAGAUCAAAUGUUGUUCCAUCUGUUCUGAAACGACGGGUCUCAAUCCAAUUUCUAUUGAAGAAAUGAAUAUUCUGGUGAAAUGUGUCCUUAAUCCGGAGCAACUUUCUCUUAUUCUACUAACACAGGACCAUCCUCCAAUAUUUUGUUGUAAAAUGUGUUCCUCAACAAUCCUAUCCUUAAUGAAAUUGAAGACGGAAAUUGAUAUUAUUACAACUGGUUUACGUGCUGUGAUCUCCAGCAGAGGUGGCCUCUUUAAUCAAGUCAAUAAAAACAGUACAAUUAAUGAAUCCUCAAACGAAGAUGUUAGCAACAGUUUUCAUUGCGACGAAUACUUGACCGGGUUAAGUCAGGAACAAUUAACUGAGUUUCCUGAGGAAGAGGAAGAAGUUGAGGAAGACGAUUUUUUCAUAAAAGUUGAGUCGACCGAAGAAAAUGACACUUAUUACGAUCCUCUCACGGUUUAUGAACCAGAAGCCAUGGAAGAUGACGACAGUUUAACAAAUUCGCGGAUGUCAGAAUCCGGUUUGAAUGCAGAACCUGUUCCUAAUUCCACAACUAAAUUAAGAUAUGAGUGUGAAAAAUGCCAAGUAACGUUUUCAAAAGCUCACCAUCUCCGACGUCAUCUGAACAACAAAAACAUUCAUCCUGUUCCUCCGAAACCUUUCAGUUUUCCUACGAAUCAGUUCUCCAGUAAGAAGAUGAAAAUCCCCAAAAACGGCAAACGUAAGACCGAAGUUUACAAGGCAACCACUCGGCCUACCUGCGUUACGUGUGAUAAAACCUUCGCUUUAAUGGCACAUGUGCAUCGCCAUGUUGAACUGGACCAUUUCCUCGACAAGACUUUUUGUCCGUACGGUUGUCCACUACAAUUUAGAACGGAAGCUGACUGGUUGACGCAUUUAGAGCAGUGUAACUCUACAAAAAUGAGUAACACAACAGGGUGCAUUUGCCGUCAUUGUCGUAUCCAUUUUCGCAACAUCUUUCUUCGGAUGGAACACUAUGUGCGAUUUCAUAAAGAUGUAAUGCAUCCUUGUCGUGACUGCGAGCACGUAUUUUCCAGUAAAGACGUGCUGGAUCGACACCGCCGAGCUCGUCAUUACACUGCGUUGACGUUAAGACUGGAAAAUAUCAGUUAGUUCAAAUUCGUGAAGGGAAAUUGAAUGACAUCGGUUUUUGAGAUUGUCAAGCGUCAAGGUUAGAUAAUUACGCCGGGUCUACCUAUAAAUAUUUGUGUACAUGGUACAAGAUAUCUCAAUUUAACUAAUUCCAAUGAAAAUAUAAGAUUUGACUGCCAGGAAAACUAAUAAAGUAAUUAUUAAAUUUACUUCUUUAGUAAAUAUAUUUAAUUGAUAGACAUACUACUUUUAAAGUAAGAGUUUCGGAUAAAACGGGCCGGACUAAAUAUUAUAUUUCUUAAAUAUGUGUAUAGCAUAAUAUAAUUAUUCCAGGAAUUUUAGCCCACAAUACAUAAAUGUAUAAUCCUGACCUUAUUAAUAAACUAUGAAUUCCCAUUUAGAA